GUUUAGGUCACCGGGUUCCGAUCCGACCGAUUUAACUGACCGGUGUGAUCAAUGUCCCAUGUCCGGAAACUCUCCGAGGAGUCCCUCCACGACAUCACCUGCUCCGGCUAGUGUUCCGCCCAGCGCCGGGAACGCUAUAGCAGCGUGGACUGUGUCGGCAAGUAAUGGUACCGAUUACAUGUUGUCGGAGGAGGAGUUCCAGGUUCAGUUAGCUCUAGCGAUCAGCGCGUCGAAUUCGGAGGAUCAGAUCCGCGCGGCGACUCUGCUGAGCUUGGGCGGCCAUCAUCAGAUGGAUACAGGCAGGGAUAGGGAGGAGGCGCCCCGCAGAGGAUUUAUCGAGACAUUAUUGGGUGAGUGUUCGUCAACUUUCUCCUUACCCAUUUUGAGGUCGAAUUGGAUUCUGGUGGAUUCAAGUUGGAAUGGGUUUUGUAGUGUUGGUGCUGGUGGAUGGAUUGUAGUUAAUGAGCUUACUUAAAGUGGGGGCUUUUGGUCUGUGCCUAUAAGCAAUUUUGAAUUUCUGGUAAUUAGAGCAAGUCACCAUGGAAUUGUGAAGAAAACUGUAACCUUGAGUAUUCUAGCAUCUUGCCUUUUUUGUGAGUUGAUCUAGUGGAGAGAGCAUGAGUUGGAGAAAAGGGCUAUGAUUUAAGGAAGUGAUUACUUGGGUUAUGGUACUUAAUCCUUGCUCUUCUGAUAUCUCGCAGUGAUCCAUUUUUGGAUGACGGUAAUUAAUGUUUUGGAACACU